AUGGAAUCUUUGAGUCGACGGCUUUCGUGGGAGAACAAACUGAAGCACGACAGUGUUCAAGCCGCCUUGAAGACUGCCUUUGCUCACGUGGCCCACGGCCCUAGGGGCACCUCACUCAAGUACAUGAACAUGAGCAAGAUCCAUUCCUGGUCCGACGAGCUGUCUGGUGCAAGGCCCGGCAGAAAUAUUGAAGACGUGGAACGUGAAGCCGUCGAUCAUUUGCUCGAUGCCAAUAAAUCUGGCCGGAAGCGUCAAGCGGAGCACUGGGCGCCGUUUGACAAUAUUCGCAAAUAUUUACAUGCCAAGCGUACUCCAGACUGUGCCGCGCCAGAGACCGAUCUAAAUGCUACUACAUUAGCUGAAGAGCCAAAGUCCACCAAGUCGUUCAACUCGCAGGAAAAAGGUGCGCAGAAACCAUCCGACUUGCAAAAGUACAACCCCAAAAAAUUCGACAGUCCAAUCGCCCCACGGCCGCUCACUUCCGAAGAAUCUUCCAAAAAUUACCACGACUUGGACAAGUAUAAACCCGUGGAGUGGAAUGAACCCGAUGGUCUUCCCACCCAGACUCCCGAGCAAAGGUCAAAGCAGUACAAGGAUCUUGACAAGUAUGCAUCCCCGGACGUCGACGCCUCCAACAUCUCUGCCGAUGCUGCAGCAUCAACAAAUCCUAAAUACGACGACCUUGACAAGUACAAGCCUACAGAAUGGAACGAGCCAGAUGGCCUCCGCAAGCAGACGCCGGAGGAGUCGUCAAAGAGUUAUGAUGACUUGCACAAGUACGGCCCUGCGACUUGGAACGAACCCGACGGGAUGCCCAAGCAAACGCCAGAGGAGAGCUCUAAAAACUACGGCGAUCUCGGCAAGUACGGUCCUGUAGCAUGGAAUGAGCCUGACGGGCUUCCACAGCUUACGGCUGAAGAAAAGUCGAAGCAGUACGAUGACUUGGACGCGUACAAGAAGCCAUUUGUAGCUGCCGACUCCAUCCUCGAGGCUCAUGAGGCGAAGCAGCAGGACUUUACCGCCAGAGCGGACCCAGUAGCCGCCAAAGUGGAAGUGCCAGCGGAAAAUCCUGCAACUGAAUACGACGAUUUGAACAAGUACACUCCUGUCACAUGGAACGAGCCGGAUGGUCUGCCAAAACCUACCCCAGAAGAGCUAUCCAAAAAUUACGAUGAUCUGCCCACUUAUGACCAGUAUCCCAACAACGGGCCCGCGACCCCACGUUUGCACCCUGAAGAAGCGUCGAAGCAGUAUGGUGACUUGCGCAGAUACGGCUCCUUCCCAAACGCGGGACCAGUGACGGAGCGUGUCCAUCCUGAGGAUGUGUCCAAGCAGUACAAGGACGUCUCGAAAUACCCAUCCAGGGGCUUUGACGAGCCCAAGAGAAGCACCCAUGUUCAUCCCGAGGAACUUUCCAAAAAUUACAAAGACCUCGACAAGUAUGAUCCAUUAUCAUUUGACCAACCCGACAACUCGCACCCCGCGUAUUCCGAAGAGGCUACCAAAGCCUACAAGGAUUUAGCUUCGUAUGAGCCAGUUUUUCACACUAAGCUCGACGCCGAGCCAGCAGAGAGGUCCGGUUCGGUCCCAAACAGCCUCCAAGAUUAUGAAAAUUAUCGACAGCUUGACGGCAAUGAGCCCAGGACAGCGGCUGAGAUCCGGAGCGCUGUUCUCAGAAGAGCUCGUUGCAACAGCACGCAUGCUGAUGCAGCCGGGCAGACCAAGGAUCUCGCCGACUGCAAGACACACAACACCGGCCGGGCGCUGACCGGUAGUUACGCGAAAGAUUUUCCCGAGGAAUUUGCAACGUCUUGGAACACUGCCAACUCGUGGUCAAAAUCUACCCUGUUUCCGAAACACCUCGCAGAUAACGAUACCACCCGGCCUGCCAACACUCUGGGAUCCGACAAGGACGAAUUCGACUUGUCUUCUAUGGAUGAGAGUUUUCCCAGUGAAGACGACAGGUUGCAGCCUGCUCUAGAGCGUAACGCCGGCAGACGAGCCUCGGUCUCCGGCAUGUCGCGCUCGGAGAGAAUAAGUGUGGAAGAGGAUCCUUACCCGUCAAAUCUGCAGAGACUCGAAGGCAGCUACGCCAAAGAACGCGGCGGCUUGGCAACCCGGCCAAAUCUUGUCCGAGGUGACAAGGGCAGGAGUCGAGACAAGGAUGCGUCUGGAACGGAUUCGACGGCACAAGGACCCUUUGAGAGGCAGCCCACUCUGUACAAGAUGCUGGCAUAUGACCCAAGCACGCAGUCAAUCAGCGUCGCCGAGGCCAGCUCUGCGGCUGACGACUCCUCGGCGGCGGAGACACCUGCAGAGAUACUGCCGCGAAUUUCCAAUCCAUCCAAGUUCUUUCCCUACUUUAGAGUCCUGCAGGCAGAAGGAUACGAAGUUGUCUCGGGCAGUGGUCAUGUGCUGGUGUUCCGCAAGGUGCAGCCCGGAUCCGUGCUGCAGGAAGACUCUGGCGCGGCAGUCGAGUCGACUGCCACGACGGGCCGGUCUGGGGCAAGAAAGGUCGCCGGCCCCGUACAUUCAUUCGUCAAUGAUGAAUCGCGUCCGUACCUAGCUCCAGGAUGGGAAGCGUGGGACAAGAAGACGAAAAGGAGGAGGCUCGGCCGCAAAUUAGUCAUUGGCACGGCAUGGGUUGCGGGAAUCGCCUAUGCUGGGAGUUUGAUGGGGGAGUACUUGUCGACUGGCGGCAAGUCAUUUUGA